GUUCUUGCGAUAACUUGUUCGCCCGCAAUUUAAGAAAAUUUGAUUCUCUGUCUUCAUAAUUUACGAAUUAGAAUAAGAGUCAGUGAUGUGCUGUGGACAUCAAUCCAGAGAUUAUGGAUAGGUUGACUAACUGGACUAAUGGCAUGAAUAUAACAUCAUCAACAUCAAUACCUGGAGAAAAUUGUGUCUCAAAUUCAUCAACGUCUUCAGUUUUAGACAAAUUACUAGUUGUUGCUCCGUCGUUGAUUUCAGUAAAUCAAGACUUGAAAUGGAUUUUUCUUUUACACACAUACGGUUUUGCGUGCCUCUUCUUUGUACUUGCAUUUUGCACAUUUUUAUCUAUUCUACAUUUAAGGUCUCUUAUAUCAAGCCAGCCUUUUAUGACAACAAUUAAUAUGUUUUUAUGUAUUCUUGGUGUGUCAAGAGCAACUUGCCUCUUUAUAGAUCCUUAUAAUCUUAAAGACAUCAUGCCCAAAAUCAUUGGAUCAAUAAUAUGGGAUAUUGGAUUUCCCUGUAUAACAUCUGCCUUUAGUCUCGUACAAUUGGCUUUCCUCCAGUUAACUCAGCUCAAGUUUGGACCAGAAAGAAUACAAAAAGAAUCUUGUCUAAGUUUAAUCAUAACAGGACACUUCUUUUUUGUGAUUGCCAGUAACAUUGCCCUUACUUCCCAUAAUUGUUACAUGAUAAAAUACGUGGUCCAAACAGUAUUUCUUGUCUGGAGUAUUCUUUUAUAUUCAAUAUUCCUACGCGCGGGAUAUAAAAUAAUUAAUUUAUUGCAAACUGUGCCAAGCAGUAUGUUGAUGAGAGAUAACUCCAAUACUCAUCAGAAAGGUAUCAUGCAAUUAGCUAUGUUAGCACCUUACAGUAACUUGGCAUCGUCUGUCGCCGCUGCCUUGGUACCUACUUUGCUCAGUCCUAAAAUUAAAGAAGCAGAAGAUGCAGAAUCUGCAACUUUCACGAUUGAUCCGGAGAAAAAUUCUAAAGAUCGAAUUACGAAAACAUCCAGAAAGGAAGAUCAACCUGAAAAGGAAUUCACUAAAUCUCCUUGUAAAACUACGUUGUCACAAAUUGAGAAAACGGUUCCUGUAUCAACGGUACCAGAAGUAUAUGUCAGACCUCCUACACCUACGCCUUCGACGGCUAUUCUACCUAUAAUAACAGUAUCUAGUCCAAGUCGUAGGAGUUCUAUAGGUAGUAGACGAAGUAGCGACGCGUCUAGAGCCUCUCGUAGAAACUCCGAGUGCAGCGUUAGAUUUAUAAACGAAGAGAAUGAUUCUACAUCAGACUCGCGACGCAACUCUGAUUUUGCCGCCAAGCAUUCGCCCGAUAUUAUUAGACGGCGAUCACCGGACAGAAUGUCCAGAAGACAUUCCGAGAACGUCACGCCUUUAGGGAGUAUCAGGGACUUGAGACGGUGUUCGGAUUUUUCUCACGAGAAAAACAGAAGUUCUCAGUUUGCUGCCAAGCUGAAAAGGAACAGCGAUUUUGGAAACAGAACACCCAGACGAAUGUUACCAACAAACGAGCAUCACAAACUACCUAAAGUUGUAGAUUUAAGUCCCGCAGGCUCGAGACGAAAUUCUGACAUCAGCAGCUUUCUACCCAGAACCGAAUUACGUAGAAAUUCAGAUAUCUCUUUUCGACGUAGUUCCGAACUCUGUCAAAUCAAGCCACUAGAUCUAAAUCGCCGAAGUAGCGAUAUAAGUAUUAGAACAUUGAGUAGAAGUCCUACUCACGGUCGCACUAUAGUACCCGAAAAGAUCGAGAUACAGGAGAAAUCCGAAUCCGAUUCAGAUCAGCCUGACUGUAGCGAAAAGGCAGCAUUGAUGACAGAGAAGAAUAAAGAUAAAGACGACGACGGAAAAGGGCGCAAGAAAAAUUUGUCCUGGAAGAACGAAAAGGAAAAAGAAGAUACCGAAGAUAUAACCGUCGAGACUAAUUUGCUUCCUGAAAAUACCGUAUCCGAUGGAAAAAUCACGAGUAGCGACUUCACACUCCAUUCAAUAUUGAAUCACAUUGCAUACGUAAAUAGAACCAAAUCCGACACACCUCUGCAUAUAUUAGAAGCAAACACUGCAGCAGUUAGAAGGUCACAGAUCCGAAAAGUAUUGAACGUCACGUAUGCAACUGCAAUUUUAGGAAUUAUUUUAUGUAUCACAGACGUUGCUCGUAUUUUUGGACCAUAUGGACUUUUAGCUGAGACUGUGAAGUACGGUACACGACCAACCAUCACACAGUAUCCGAUACCGUGGCCCUGGUUUGUGUAUCAAACUAUAUGCAGAGGUAUAGAACUGAUAAUGGGUUGGGCAAUGGCAAGUAUUACUAAACAAUCAUCAGUAAGUCCGCGGCACCAGUAUCUAAGCGGAUACUCUAAUUAUAAUGUACAUGUGAAACGAGGUAAUAAUCCUUACAUAUGAAGCAAUAUAUUUUUAAGA